GCGAAUGAUGUUGAGCAGCAGGCAAGUGGUCUGUCCGCUCAUUACGUAAAAUUUGGUUGUACACCACUAACUGCAUGCAAGUGUAAAUCGAGACGCUCGUAUUUUUUGAGUUUUUUUCCCAGAAUCAGGUCGGGAUGUCGCAUCAACAAGUCACUUGGUGCAAGUGUAAUUCCCUGGUGCUCGCAUUUGUGACUCAAAUGUCGAAUCAUCGACGCGAAUGCUCUGUCAGGGGUUUACAGGUUGAAGAUGCUCGCAUUUGUAACUCAAAUGUCGAAUCAUCGACUCGAAUGCUCUGUCAGGCGUUUACAGGUUGAAGAUGUGUACAUUUUCCAUGCCAAUUCAAGUUCUGGUUCCGUGCAUUUGUUUCCAUAAUAAUACUCAGUAUUCCUUGUACUUGUCAGCUGUCAGAUGCCGGACCCAUGUCCGACUUACACGCGCAGGCCGUUGCUGGGAGUUCGAACUCAUCCGGUGGUGAGUUGCAGGGUCCCCAGACUGACAUUGCCGGUUUGGAGGGAUGCUGUGGGUUUGUGCCGAUCCCAUCACUCGGGUAGCAUCGACGUCAUGACCGUUGGUGCAAACUCGCGUAAUGCUGCAGUGUUUGAAACGACACACAUGCGCAGACCGUUGCAGUGAGUUCGAACCGAUUCGUCGGCGGCAAGUUGGAAGGUCUCCAGAGUGAUAUUGUGGGUUUGGACGAAUGCUGUGGGUUUGAACUGAUCCCCUCACUCGGGUAGCGUGGAGGUCGUGAGCCCUUGUGCAAAUUCAUGUAAGUCUAUUCUGUGGAGAAUGCACGCUUGUGUGCUCCUUUGAGGAGGGUGGACCAGGUAGAUCUUGUAACUGGUCCUUGUUCCUCAUACUGCUGCAAUGUAAGGCCGGCGUGUUGUCCUCCCUGAAGCUGUUGAUGAAGCAGCUGCUGGUUGAUGGAUGUGUUGACUGGUUAAUUGGGCUGGUUGAGUUAAUCUGUGGUAUCUGUCAGGGGUUUUUUUGUAGGGCGGGUUGCGGUUCUUCGACGAGCCCCUUGCCGUGCAUGCAUGGGGCAUGUAGUUGCUCUGCGGUGGAGGGUUGCGGUUCGACGACGAGCCCCUUGCCGUGCAUGGAUGGGGCAUGAAGUUGCUCUGCGGUGGUUGACAAAGCAUGCGGCUAUUGGCUAUGGGCAUGCUGUUUGUUGGCUAUUGGCUAUGGGGUUGCUCGGUUCAUGGAUUGGUUUGAUCAACUCAAUUGACCAGCCUUCUGGUGAAGGAAUGAAAUAUGAUAUAUGUUGUAUAGUGUAAGAGGACGAUGGGUUCCGGCAUGACUUGGCUCGGUUCGUGGAUUGUUAUGUGAUACCAUCGGAGGUCUAUUGGCAUGCUGUUUGUUGGCGAUAUGAUGAAAAUAGUCGUUUGAUUGACAUGCUGUCUAUUGGAUAUGGUGAAGGGGAUAGUAGAAACAUGAUAAUAGUCGAUUGAGACAGCGACGGGCAGGUGCCCUCUGAUAGGAUUUUCUCUGUUCGUUUUUCUUUUUUUUUCUUUUUUUUCUUUUUUUUUCUCCCCACGUCUUUAGCUUGCACUAUUUAAAUUGUUUAAUUUGUUUUGUUUGCAUCUUUUCAGUGUACCCAGGGUGGGCAUGAGGGUUGGUUGCGUAGAUUCCAGGCGUUUUGUUAUCGUAUAUGCAUUGUGCAAUGUGCAUGUGGUCACGAUUGAAAUGGAGUGAUGAAUCUGGUCUCGAAAACAGUAAGAGGUAUGUACACAUUUAUUCAGUGGGUUUCAUUUAUUUUGUAGGUUGGAAAGAUGCAUGGAUGGCUGGCCGGAAAUUAAACAAAUUGUUUCGAGUUUG